UAAAGUAUUUAAUAAUUGCAGUGCUCCACUCUUGUUGCAGCGGUGCGGUGGUUCUAGUCGCUGCUGAUUUACCACAAUGCCGAGAAGAAGAAGUACGACUAUCUACAAACGAGAUGUCGCAUCAUCUUUCGUAUCGGACGUCUCCACUUCGACAAACACGGAUCUAGGUAUGGUAAUAUCAAUGGCAAUCCACCGCGACAGAGGUCCUUUGACUGCGUCCAGUACUUCGGAGUCAUUGCUUGCGCCGUUAACUCAGUUAUCUACACACACCCCUACAGUUUCGUUCUCGAGCACGGCGACUGGGUUACCUUCUUCCACGGUAGCGACCUCUCCAUCGCCAGCUCCGACCGGGACGACGACAAAAGGAUUCUCCGAAAUGACUGCCCAAAUACUUGCAGAGGGAUCGCGAAACAGUGCAUCGCAAACUACGGACCAGUCUCCUACAUUGCCUUUGGGUCCAGCUUGUACACCGCAACCGGGCGGAGGACCAAUCUGUCAUUACGGUGAAGAUUCCGCUGACGUGCAAUAUUAUCACGUCGAUGAUCGCGGUAUCAUCAUCAUAGGGAGCCUUUUGGGGGCUUUCUUCUUCUCUAUCGCUCUCGUCUUCCUGGUUUGGUGGUGGAUUAGGCGGCGGAAUGUCGCGUCGAGUGCAGCUGCAGUUGCUGGGGGAAGCGAGUUGAUCAAGUUGCCGGAGCUGCGGAGUAUCAAGAGCAGCGAGUGGGAAAAAGAAACAGGGGAAUGGGACGACUUGCCCGGAUAUCAACAAUGA